CACUAGUCUUGGCUAGAUCGGCUCCACGUAAAUAAAGUUUUGGUCCGCGGAACUUUAUUGAUUGCUUAUCGCGGAGGCAAAUAAGUGAAUGUUUUAUGGCUGUAAACCCCUACAACGGACGUGGAUAUAGCCGUUACCUAGUCGUGGAUGAUCCCGAGGAGGCGGAGAAGCAAUGGGCAAGGAUCAGCAUUUAUUGGAAGCAUCGCGGGGCGGAGAUAUCAAGAUUGUGGACAAACUGCUGGAGCACUCAAGCAAGCGACAUGGUCCGCUGUCCAGUUUCCGGCGAAGUCCCAGCAUCAACUGCCAGGACAUGAAUGGCUACACAUCGCUACACCACGCUUGCCUUAAUGGUCACAGUAACAUUGUGCGGUUACUGCUGGCCCACAACGCCCAGUUGGAUGUGCCCGAUAUACGUGGCUCCACGCCUCUUUUCCUGGCUGCCUGGGCGGGGCACCAGGAUAUUGUAAAGAUGCUACUCAUGCACACGCCCACGGGUGCUAAUCCGAAUGCUCAGACCAUCGAGAAUGAGACACCGCUGCACUCGGGUGCCCAACAUGGUCACAAUGCCGUGGUGGCUAUCCUGUUGUCCUAUGGUGCAGAUCCCGCCAUACGCAACAAUAGCUUCCAGACAGCUCUGGAUUUGGCAGCCCAAUUCGGCCGGCUUCAAGUGGUGCAAACUCUGUUACGCGUUUACCCCGACCUAAUAUUGCCGUACAAGCGGUUGGAUGAGGACGAAGAUGAGCUACUGGGCUGCUCGCCCAUUAAGCACAUCUUCACACACACCUGCCUGCACCUGGCCAGCCGGAAUGGACACAAGAAGGUGGUGGAGACACUGCUGGCCGCCGGUGUCGAUGUCAACAUACUCACCAAUGCGGGCAGUGCCCUCCACGAGGCGGCUCUCUGCGGGAAAAAGUCCGUGGUGGUCACUCUGCUUAAGGCAGGGAUCUAUGUGAACGCCACCGAUGGAAACGGUCGCACAGCCCUGGACAUACUCUCCGAUUAUCCACCGCAUGUGACGUACGACAUUGUGGAAGCCAUCAACGAGUUCACCCAAGCGGCAAGGGAACAGCAGAAGCCAAUUGUCGUGGAGAACGGCACGCAGUCGCUGCCUAAGCGACUGUAUGAGAAGAACUCGCAGCGCCAGAAGCUGCCGCCAAGGCAGAGGAACUCGCUGGAUGUUUUCACCAAGGUGCCGGAGAACUAUCUGCACAUGAAGCCCAUUAUUCAGCAGAAGUCCUGUGACAACAUGAGCGACGUUCGUAUGGAAGGCCCGGAUCUGUGGGCCAGCUACAAACCGGUGUACAAGCAGCCCAUCCUCCCCAGCUUUCAGACCUGCAGCGACAUUUCUAAUGGGUCGGUGCCCUCGAGAUCGUACGAGUACAUUAAUCUGCUGAGAAAUGGCUCUGCCAGCGAUGACAAUUCCGCCAGCACCAGUAGCAACUCUGCGGUGCGUCAACAAGCGGUGGCUUCGUACGUGGAGAUGACGCUGCCUUCUCCUCCGGUUCCCAAACCACGCACUCGAAUAAAUGGCGAAUACAAUGACUACGCGAACCUGUUGCCAAUCGAAGAAAGCAGCUGUCCGGCAGCUGUGGAUAAUAACAAUAACAGCAAUGGUAAUGGCCCCAAAUUGCGGUCGGUUCGUCAUUCACCCACGCCGGAUUAUCCUCCACCCACGGUUACUGAAGCUGAGCGAACAAUCUUUAAUUUCAUGCAGCCGGUAACGCUACGCAAGAAUAGUCUGCUAGAUCCAGGGGAAACCCCGCGGGCAACUAACUCUGCCAGCUCGGACCAGGUGGAGGAAUUCAUUGCCGACAUUCCCUUCGCUGGUCUGUUUAAGGGAUCCACUUUAAACUUGUCCUCGGAUGUAGUGGAUGGAAAAGGUUCUGUGCAGAUGGAUCGGGAGUAUCUGCGAUCGCCCAGCAUGGUGAGGUCGGCCCACGCCCUGAACCACCGACGCAGCCUGUCCAAGCAGAGAUACUCCGCUUUAGAGGAUUUCAGUGCCUCACGUGUGUGGGCAGAGAUCGAUACGAUUUUUGAGAACAUUGGCAACGAAGUGUCUACUGUGGAGCAGGAAACCGAGGAACAAUUUAGCGAACCACAAAGCCUUUCCUUUGAGGAUUCUCGGCAAUCGUUGCAUAUACGAGAUCCGGCAGAAUUGCUGCUGGGCAGAAAACAGAGCUCAGCCUCCAAUUGGUGCCACUCGCCAUACACACUUAUCUAUGGCGAAAUAAGAUAUUCCCUGUUUUAUCUCGGCUCAACAGUAAUAAGACAACUGCAAGGCACCCUGUCAACGCGCAAAUCUAUCCAGAAGCUAAAGAUCGAUGAGAACAUGAAAUCGGCGGCGAGUGUCAGUGAUUUUAGUUUGCUGCAGAACUGCACCACUUCCACAAAGUAUCUGAAGGCUGCCAAUCUUCAGACGCGACUCAAUGUGGAUAUUGCUGUUUCCUGCAUCGGCGUUAAAUUCAUAGAUCAUGAGAAAAAGACUGCCAUUUGUUGUCAUGACAUUGAGAACAUCAAUUGCGUUUGCCAGGACUCGGAUGAUUUGCGCUAUUUUGCCUACAUAACCAAAGAACAGGACCUUCACUAUUGCCAUGUCUUUAUGGUGGAUAGCUUGGAGCUGGCCAAGGAAAUCAUACUGACCUUGGGGCAGGCCUUUGAAGUGGCCUAUCAGUUAGCUCUGAGCAGGCAGGGAACGCCCCUGAACGAGGAGUGCUAAGCCAUGGAAGUGCCACAUAUACUGAUACCGAUCGGUGUUUUAUAUUUAUUUCAUUGCAUUUCACAUGUAAAUGUUUGUUUUCAUUUGCUAGUCGUUGAUGCCAUCUCGAUGCUGGCUUUGCUUCAAAUAAGGCAGCUCACAUGUUAAGUAUUUUCAGAGUUUUUUAAUAAAUUUAUAAAUUUUUUCAUAAUUUAAAA